GCCCGGUUUCAUCUUUUGAACGUUGCCGCCAAAUUCAAACGAAAACUCUGCGGUUCUUUUUUUCGAUUAUUCCCGGGUUUUCUUCAAAACUUCCCACUGUUUCUUUCAAACUUCUCCCAAAUCUUUCCCAACUUCUUUUCCAGUCUCACAUCUCUCUCUCUCUCUCUCUCUCUCUCGCUCAAGCUACGGAAAUGGGGAACUGCUUCCAUGACCUGCCUCCACUGAAGAGAUUCAAGCUUCUGCAACAACAGGAAGACGAAAGCCCGAGUUCCUUCCACCUUCCAGCCAAGAAAAGGAAGGAGUCAUGGGACCCUCCUCCAAAUCCCACCACCAGCACCACCUAUUGCUUGCCCGCCAAGAAGAGGGUCUGCGCUCUGCAACCCGUUCUCCUCACCCCACAGAAACCCAUUUCGUCUUUCGAUCUCAACGUUGAGUACGAACCAUCUCCUGAAAAAUCUCCCAAGUUGAAGAAACAGAUGAACUCCCCCAGCAAAACUGGUAUCGACUCUGAAGAAAAACAAGCCAAUGAGGAAAACCAAGAGCCGAAUGAGGGGACUCAAUAUGGUACAGAUGAGAGCAUCCCGUUAUCCCAGUGUAGUGAAGGGGAAGCAUCGGAGCCUGAAGCAGGGAAAGAUGAAAGCAAAGAAGUUGAUGAUGAUGAUGGGAUCGUCUGUGACGUCUGCCAGAGCACCGACGGAGAUCCAUCAGAUCCUAUCGUCCUAUGCGAUGGCUGCGACGUUAUGGUCCAUGCUACCUGCUACGGCGAUCCCCUCAUCCGGGGUAUCCCAGAAGGCGACUGGUUCUGUGCCAGAUGCCAAGCUUCUUCGCGUUCUCGUAAGGUUAAAGCCAAUGAUGACUUUUGUUGCUGCCUCUGUCCAGUCAAGGGAGGGGCUGUCAAGCCCACCAGAGAUGGACAAUGGGGUCAUAUCUUGUGUGCACUGCUCGUGCCGGAGGUCUUCUUCAGGGAUCCAAAAGGAAGAGAGGGCAUCGAUUGUUCCCGGGUUCCUCGCAGAAGAUGGGAAGAGGUCUGUUACAUCUGCAACUCAGCAACCGGAUGUGCGAUUGAGUGCUCUGAGCCCAAGUGCUCGUUGGCCUUCCAUGUAAGCUGUGGCUUGAAGGAGGACCUCUGCAUUGAAUACAAAGAGGCCAGAACUACUGGGGCCAUUGUCGCUGGAUUCUGCAAGGCCCACACUGCUCUUUGGAAGAAGCAACAACAGACUGGGAAGUUCAAAAUUGUAGCCAGGCAGGAGCAUAAAAAGUAGAAUUUUUUAUGUGGGCAUGCAAUCUGUUUCAUAGGUUGUAGCUGCCAGUGUUGUUGGUUUAGACAAUUCUGCAUCUCUGCAACAUAGCUUCCGUAGAGUUACUAACUGCGGCCAUUUGGUUUAACAAUUUGUUUUGAUCUUGUUCUGGAUGAUUGUAACAAAACUCUCACUACUAAUAAUAGUGGGUAUUUAAGGUUGUGAAUUGUUAUGAUGUUCAAGUAUUGUUUUUUUUUCCA